UCAAAUCAAUUCACUCAAAACAAAUAUAAAUCAUCAUUAUCAUGAAGAACCUUUCUUUGAUUGCUAUCUUUGCUCUUGCUGCUACGUCUAUGGCUGCUCCUGCCCGACGAUCUACUGGCCAAGAUUGUGAACAAAGUGAUGUUGGUACUUGUAGCAAUGAUUAUCAAGUCACUAAGGAUUGCUGUGCUGCUACUCAAGGUAAACCCAUCUUCUUCGAUGAACUCACUCAUGAAUGUACGCAUCCUUUCGGUGGUCUCAACUGGGACAAGUUUGCUGCUUGCUGUACUUCCCGUGGCACAACUGGUCAAUGUUAAAUAGUUUAGAUGAUUCUUUUAAAAUAAAGCGUUGUAUUAUAUCAAAUAAAAAAUUGUACCUUUUUUUGAUUUUUUU